AUGGAUAAGAAAGCUUUCAAUUUGGAAGAAUUAGAGUGGAAGCAGAGGAAGCUCGCCCUGCCAUUGAAGGACCUUUUGGACUAUUUUGAUUCCUUCCGGAAUGGGCUCCUCACCAGAUUGCAAGAGGUACAGGAUCACGAGAAGCAAAUGGGGGUCUUAGAGAACCAAGUGCAAGCAAAAGCCAACGAAUUGCGUGGAAUUGAGAGGUUGAUUGAAGAGAAAUUAAAAGAGGUCGAAUCGGGCAUGGAGCACUUGCGCUCUCUUCAGUUAUUGAUUAAAGAGCAUAAUGAAGAGAUUUCUGUUAAGGAGAAGCGAUUUUCGGAUGUUCAGAGGUGGGUUGGAGAGAAGGAGAAAGAGUAUGAUUCUAUUGAAAAAAGUAUUAAUUGGGGAACAAGUAAAUUGAAUUGGUAUGAGAAAACAGUGGAAGAGAAGUCAAAGUUGGUUGAGUCUAAGGAAAAGGAAUUAAGAGAGGUUCAAAGACUUUUAAACAAGUACUCUGAGGACAUUCAGUUGAAGGAGAGGCAAUUAAAUGAGAUUUUGGGGUCAAUUGAGAAGCAGAACAAAAUAUUUGCUUUGAAAGAAGAGAAAAUUAAAGAAGCACGAAGAUUGGUUGAUGAAUAUGACAAGGAGAUGAAAUUGAAAAAGGAGAAACUUGGAUUGAUUCAGAAAUCGAUAGUGGAAUUCUCUAAGACAAUCGAAUUGAAACAUAAAAUAAUUAGGGGAAUGGAUUUGAAAGUGAAAUUUUUUUCUUUGCAAAAGAAAUCAAUGGAAGAGUUGUUCUGUAAACUUGAAUUGAAAGAGAAACAAUUUGAGUCAAAAGUUGAGGAACUUAGUCUGAUUGAAAAGGGGGUGACUGAUUGCCUCAAUGAGGUUCAGUUGAAAGAAAACCAUUUAGAUUCGCUUGAAAAGUUGAUACAAGAAUGUGGGAAGCAUUUGGAUUCACAAGAAAAGUCAUUACAAGAAUGCUCCAAUGGUCUUGAAAAGAAAGAGAGGAAACUGGAGCAAUGGGCCAGAGAACUUGAAUUGAAACAACAGCAAAUCAAUUCAAUUCGAAAAUCCACCGAAGAACACACCCAAACUCUGGAAUAUACCCAUGCUAACAUUGCUACUAUUCCUUCUUCUGCAAGUAAUCAAUCUAGCAUCAAUAGGGAUGGUAGAUGCUUGUUGUUGCUCAUGAAUGAGCAUUUGAAGAGAAUUGCUUUAUUGUCUAGCGAAAUGUCUGCUCAUCUUAAAGCAUCAUCAGACCCAGCAGAAUUGGUUUUAGAUGCAAUGGAAGAGUUUUACCCUUCAAAUUCGGCUGUGGACAAAAUGAAGUUUGAUUUUGAUCUGACAGUUAUUAGAAGGAGUUGUAUUCUUCUGUUGCAGGAGUUAAAGAGGUUGUCACCGCAGAUUAAUCAUCAGGUGAGAGAAAAGGCAAUUAAGUUGGCAGCUGAUUGGAAGGAUAAGAUGACAGUGGCGGCUGAGAAUGUCUUGGAGGUUUUAGGUUUUUUGUGGCUUCUCACUGCGUUUGAGUUGACCUCUACUUAUGAUGAGAGGGAGCUUCAAAGUUUUCUUGCUGUAGUUACUCAACCGGAAGAUGCAACUGACCUAUCCCAGGCCCUUGGCAUCAGAAAUAAGGCACCUGGUAGCACCCUUUCAUUCCCUGUUAAAACGGAGGAACCAGAAUCCUCACAAGUCAGAAAUGUAGCAACUUCUCCUUCUCCAAAUUUUCAACCAAGCGCCACCACAGAUGAAAGGAAUUUGCAGGGGUGUAUAAAAGAGCAUUUAAGUGGAGAUAAUUUAGUACAAAACGAAAUGUUUGAUGCUCUAUGA